AUGGUGGUAGUAGCAGCAAAGAAGUUAAGGCCAUAUUUUCAAGGCCAUACGGUCAUUAUACGCACUAAUCAACCUCUGAGGAAGGCAUUGCAGAGGCCGGAAACUUCGGGAAGGAUGGUUAGUUGGUCCUUCCAGUUGGGAGAGCAUGAUAUAAGAUAUGAGCCAAGGAAAACAUUGAAGGCGGAAGCACUUGCAGACUUUGUAGUAGAGAUGACGGAGAAACCAGACACCGAAGAACCCAGAGAAGCAGUUACUUGGAAUCUCUACGUAGACGGAGCGUCCAAUGACCUCGGAGCCGGAGAAGGUGUUUUCUUGGAAGGACCGAUGGGAAUAACAAUCGAGUAUUCAGUACACUUGAAAUUUAAAGCAACCAAUAACGUGGCAGAAUAUGAAGCUCUCAUAACAAGAUUGUCAAUUGCGAAAGCAAUGAAAACCGAAGUCCUACGAAUCCAUAGUGAUUCCCAGUUAGUCACAGGACAAAUAGGAGGACAGUUUCAAGCAAAAGAGGCGAAGAUGGCAAGAUAUGUGGAGAAAGCAAAAGAAAUCUUGAAUGACAUAGAGAGAUUCGGAGGUGAAUGGGAGAUUUUCCCCAUACCCAGAGAAGAGAAUGCAGCCGCAGAUGCAAUCGCCAAAGAAACAGCUACGAAGAACCAGCGUUUCAUGGAGAUGAAAAUGAAAGAAGAAUGCUCGACUUCUUCUGUAGACGCAGAGGAGGAAGUGUUAUCUAUAGAAGAAGUAGACACCUGGAUGCAGAAACUAUUGGCAUGCCUAACAGACGGCACUCUCCCAGAGCAAACAGCUGAAGCAGCAAAAGUAGUUCGACAAUCGGCAUCGUACUCAGUCUUAGAAGGAGUACUCUAUAGGGCAUCAGCUACGCACCCGUGGUCUCGAUGCCUGACGAAGACAGAAGGCCUAUAUGUUCUGCAGGAAAUUCACGAGGGAAUCUGCGGGGCUCAUGAGGCAUCAGCAGCCUUGGUUAGGAAAGCAUCCUUACAAGGUUUCUACUGUUUAUCCAUGAAGAAAGAUGCAGAAGACCUGGUACUUAAAUGUGAUAAGUGUCAGAAGUUCGGCGCAGUGAUACGAACACCCGCAUCUGAGCAACACCCCGUCGGUAGUCCAUGGCCGUUCAUGACUUGGGGCAUAGACAUACUGGGACCUUUCCCCCCAGCGCAGGGACAAGUAAAGCUAAUCGUAGUAGCCGUAGAUCACUUUACCAAAUGGGUGGAGGUAGAGCCAAUGAAGACGAUCACCACGGAGAAGAUUCAAACUUGGCUAUCAAGAGAAGUCAUGGGAAGAAAAGCCACUGGCGAAACUCCCUUCAGUCUGGUGUAUGGCAUAGAAGUUGUGCUGCCAGUAGAAAUCGGCAUGCCUUCAUUAAGAGUUCAAGUCUUUGACGAAGAGAAGAAUGAAGAAUCCAUGCGAUUAUGCCUGGACCUGUUGGAAGAACGAAGACACCAGACUGCAGUAAGAGCAGAAGCGUAUCAAAGUCAGAUGGCUAAAUACCACAAUGCCAAGGUGAAGAGAAGAAGCUUUAUGGUAGUAGAUUUAGUACUCCGGAAAGCAGAAAUUGGCAAAGGAGCAGCAGGAGUUGGCAAACUACGAGCCAACUGGGAUGGUCCAUUUUGA